AUGCAGAACGAGUGGUUAGACAUAGGAGAUUUUUGCAUCCCAUUAGCAUUAAAAUGGCGCACUUUAAUUUAUGAUUGGUCGCCAGCAUUUCUAAAAUUCUAUCUCAAUGCGUUCCAGAUGACUCUCCCAGAUCAGAGUAAUUUAGUAAGAUGGGGUAAAAGUACCGAAAAAACUUGCUAUAUCUGUGAAAAGGCAGUUGGAACUGCUAAGCAUCUGCUGGUGGGAUGUAAGGUACUCCUGGACAGCGGUCAAUACUCGCGUCGUCACGAUAGGGUUCUAGAAGUCAUACGUGAAGCGGUUAGUCUUUCGGUAGCCAGAGCGCAAAAGGAAAUAACCACAAACGAACGAUCAGUAGGUUUUGUGAGAGAAGGCACUAGGGCUACAAAAUCAAACGUCAAGCCUUACUCCAUCCUUAAAGCGGCGUCGGAUUGGACUAUAAUGAUGGACACGUAUGAAAAGCAAUAUAAAAUCCCCGAGGAUAUUUGUGCGUCGGCCUCCAGACCGGAUAUAUUUUUGUUUUCGCGAAUUUUAAAGCGCGUAGUGGUGAUAGAGCUUACGGUCCCUUGGGAAACCAACAUCCCCAAAGACCAUACCAUCAAGGUCAACAAAUAUUACGAGUUCACAAACGAACUCACUCGAAAUAGGUUCGUAGUAGAUUUGUACGCGGUAGAGGUGGGAGCGAGAGGUAUAACAGCGAAAUCUCUCUACAACCUACUAAAGGACUUGGGCUUGUCCAGAACUCACAUUAAUGCAUUCUUGGAACGUAUAUCGAAGGCAGCCCUAGUAGGUUCUUUUAAAAUUUGGUUAGGUAGGGAGAGGAGCUUGGACAGUGGAGGUGAGCGUAUAACGCGCGUUAAUUGA